ACUGCUACGAAAGUACACUACUCACUGUGAUUUUAUGUUAGAAGGUAAAUGAUAGAAAAGGCUUCUGAAAGAGAGUUGUUGCUAUUACACAUUUUACUUCAAGAAACCGGAGGAGAAAUGGUUGAGAAGACAUUCAGUUCGAACAUGCUGUAUCUUACUACUAUGACGAGGAGAACGCCCGGCCUCUACAACUGCACUGCCGUCCAUAGACAUUUGCUCCAGCUCGAAACGGCCUGUCCCUUGAGGGCGAGGGAGAGAGUCGGCCUCUUAGCGCUGGCGGCGGUGGCGGCAACGGCCGAAGAAGGGACCGGAGUGGGCGCGGCGAUGGAGGCAGCCGGCGUCUUGUGGGUGGCGGCGGUGACGACAGCGAUGGAGUCAGCUGACCACUUGCGGUUGGGGAAGACAGCUGGCUGCUUGGUGAUGGUGGAGGAGGAGGCGGCGGCGGCGGUAGAACCUUCAAUGUGUUUACCAAGUGUGGAUUCAUAAUGAGACCAAUUCUCAUAAGUGAGGAUGAUGAUGCUCUAUUCAAUGCCAAUUUUACUCCUCGUGUGGCAGUCACUUACCAGAAUCAUAUCAAAGAAAUUCGACGCAUGGUGAAACAACAGGGUGUUGGGUUUUGGAUUCGUUUCAUCACAUCUUUUCGAUCACAUAAUGAGCGGCAUCGUUUAAUGGAUGGAAUAGUCUUUCCUAGAGCAGAAGCUGUGUUUGUGGAUAUGUUGCAUCUCCUUACAUGCAGGGACAAUUUAAAUGAAUUGACAAGACUAGUUGCAUCGUUACGUGCUAUGCAAGCUGCAAUCACUGCGAAUGAUUAUCAUGUAUUGAUGGAUCCUGUGUUGCGAGUUCUUAUGACAUGCUACGAUAAGCCUUUAGAUGGGUUACGCCUUUAUUUCCGAUUUGUUGCUGGCCUGGUGGUAAUGUUUCGGCGCUGGAGGCAAGUGGCCUACAAGAGUAGGAAAGAUAAUGACAGCCACCUACCCUGGGAGCCUCCCUUGCAUUGGAAGGAGGUGACCGGUCGUGAUUAUAGCGAGUGGACGUUUGAAGGCCAUUUGCUGUGCAUGUAUGGCCCCGAACUACCUCACAUACUUGGGUUGCCUCCUGGCUUGCUGUGCUGGAUGCCUGAGGAACUGAAGGCUGGUCACCUUCUGUAUCCAGCCAUUGCCAUGGAAGAAAUUGCUGUUGUACAAGAUAUGAACACGAGAGGCAACAGAAGCAGGAAAAAGUGUCGGCGUCGAAAGGGACGCCAGUUUGAAGAAGGAUUCCCGGGGUAUGAACCAUACCCAGCAAACGUUACACCGACAUCAGGAGACUCAGGAGUGUGUCUCCUUGAACAAGGCCAAGACACUAUUGCAAUGGACCUUAUAGAGCCUCAGAAUGGUGCUCCCUCUGGUAGCAUUGCAGGUCCCUUUCCGAGUGCCAUAAAAGAAGAACAUCCUACACAUGUGAUGGAGCCAACUUCCAGUGUAACAAAUGAAUCAAAUUCUGUGGAUGUAAAUGGGAAUCUAUCUUCUGAUGCACCUCAUAAUUGUGAAACCUUUGAUGACAUUAAUAAGAAUGUUUCCUCGGAUAAAUGUAUGUUGCCUCCUGCAGAUGUGUUCCUAGAUAAUCCACCUUCUCCUAGAAGAAACAUGGAUAACGUGUGCGUCGAUAAAGGAAAAGAUAAUGAACAGGGAGAUGUUAACUUAACUUCUGAUGCCUGUAUGAAAGAUCAUGAGGACUACAUUGAAGAGAGUUUCACUCCUUCCUUUGACUGGAAGUUCAGACCUCAUUCUGAACAUUCUGUCUUGACUCGUCUGCGUGAGGCUGGGGCUGGUGAUUCUAUUGCACAGAAUAUUCCUUACUAUACGUGGACAAACGAUUGCCCAACAGAUGUGGAGCGGCCUGACUACUUAUAUGUUUUGGAAUCUCAAGGGCCUGGUUUGGUUCAAAGUGGCCAAUAUACCCACCCAGGAGGACACCCAGUUCUGGAACAAAAUUAUGGACUUCCUUAUGACCAGUGCUUACAUAUCUACAGACGUGAUGGUCCACCUCGCAUUAUGCUUGGUCCUAAUAAUUUCCGAUCUAAUUGUCAAAUGGAGGAAAUGCCUCCGAUGGGAAGAGCGGCUGCGUGGAUGGAAGGUCCAGGGAACUUCUCACACCCUCCGCCCAUGGGUUAUUUUGAUGCACCAGUAAUGGAUUACAUGGGGCCAGUAUCAGACUUAAGAAGGCGUGGGCAGCAGAAUCGACGCUUCCGGCAGAAACGUCCUCGACAACCUGUUGGUCUCGCCCCAAUAGAAGAAUGUUUUGAUGCACCCAAUAUGCGUGAACAAACAAGCUCAGAUACCAAUACAUUUGUGCAAAAUGAAGCGUUACCCACUUCUUUUGUUAAUCUGAAAAAAUCAUGGCCAAAGAAGAAACCAGAAUUUACAGAAACAUCAACAGAAUACGUAGUAGAAAAUUCAACAAAUUCAAAACCAUCCGGUACUGAUGAAACAUUGAAUUGUUCAGCAUCUCUUGAGACGAAUGCCAACUUUUCUACUGAUUCUUCUUGUCAAGAACCAUGCUCUAAAGGAUACGCCCUUGCUGUUUGUGGGCUUCUUAGCAAACACACCGGAAGAACUCCCGAGACUAAGAAAGAAACUUGCAAACAAGAAGAAUGCAUUAAAGCAGAGACUGCGAAUACCAAAUCUGUUCCUUAUGAUAAAUCUAACUUCAAAAAAUGCAGAGGAAAGUCUGGGAAACAACUGGAGGAGGACUGUAAUGACAAAUUUGGGAAAAUGGCACCUCCAAAAGAUAUGAUGAAGGAAACAGAAAAGGUUAAAAAGAUACCUGUGAAGAUGGAAAACAGUAGUGUAGCAACUAAUGAUGUUGUGAAAACUAGACCAACCAAAGGGAAGAUGAUAUGCAAAAGCAAUGUCACCAGCGAUGCUGGAAAGACAGACAAAUCAGGAAUAGAUUCUGAAACCAAUAUUCCCUUGCUUUCCUCUUUGGGUAAGGAUUCAAAAUCUAACAUGGAAAUUGCCAGGAAUAAUGCUCCAUGUCAUGAUGAAGAAAGGGUAAUGGAGAAGAAGCGAAAAUGGAAGAGCGUUUGGACAAGACGUCGAGAAACAGAGAUUCACCGUCCAGAAGAGAAAUUAACCGCAGAAGGUGAUGUUCUAAGAGAAAAAGAAAUUAAUAGUCAUCAUGAAUCCGAUAGAAGAGAUGGGGUGCCAGGAAAUGUGCCUGAUAUACUUAAACAAGUUGAAAAUUCUGAGUUGAAGUCAUUUUGGAAAGAAAAUUAUGAAGCUCCAAAGCCUCAACGUAAAACAAGACCUAAAAGAGAUACAAGAUGGAGGCAAGGGAAUCAAGAAUGUACUUCUCAUUUGGAUUAUAGUCAGAAUGCUAAAAAAGAGGAUGCUACUCCAGUAGUAACUCCUGUAGUAAAGUUAGAUAUUGUACCUGCAGUGGAACCAAACGACAGAGAAAACAGUUGUCAGGACAACAAUGUACAAGAGCAAACAGUGCAGCAGCCCCCAUCAGAAACCUGUGUAUCAGAAAUUGGUUGGUAUGAAGAGACACUAGCUGAGGAUAAGGAUAGAGAAGAUCAGCGAGAAAUGGAGGCACCUGAGGCAGCGGAAUGUAAAAAUGUAAAGAAAAAUAAAAAUAGAAAAUGGAAAAGGAAACAGAGGAAUAAUAGGAAGGUAAAAGAUGAGAAGUCUACUGUGGAAACUGUGAUAAAAGAAAACUCAAUUGAUACUACAGUUGUUAAAGAUACUGAUAAUGAAAAAGAAAAUGUCUCAAAAACUUUAGAAGAAGUAAUGCAAACAAAAUCAAGCAAUGGAAAUAGUUCAGAAACACUUGCAAGUAGGGUGCAAAAGGAUGAAAGUUUGGUAAAUGGUUAUACUGUUUCAGAAGUGAUGGUAGAACAGAGAGAUAAGUUAUUAACAAACAAUCCUGAAAGCACGAGUAGUGAAAGGGAAAUUAAUGACAAACUUGCAAAUAAUAAUGAAACUCAUGAUGCUUAUGAAUUUGACAGUAAAAAUGUUAAUUGCUGCAAAACAAUUCUAGACAACAUCUUGCUGGAUCUUCCAGAAAAUAUAGAAGACUCAAGAAAACAGUCGGAAGUGCCAUUGACAGAAGAAAAACUAACUAAUGUGAAGGAUCAUGAGGAGAGUGUACAGAGUUGCAGCUCCAUUCUGAAUGAACUUUUAAACUGUCUUCCAGAACACUCCAAUAAUAAUUUACAGAGUGAAAUUGAUGAAGAAAAGACAAGCAAAGAUAAUGACCUAAAGAAAAAUGUUGAGAAAGAUGAUACGCAUCAUAAGUGUUUGGAUCCUGGCCACCGUCACUGCUCCGGCCGAUCAAUUGGAAUACCUCAACCCCCUCCAUUUGUCCCUAGAAAGAAAUUACUUCUCCGACGCUGUGACAACUGCAAUAUUCUGGAGAAAUCUCUUGGAGAGUAUGGUGAAUGUGUUCGUUGCAAAAAAAUUCCGACACGUUUGCCUCGUGUAUACUGCAACAGAAUGUGUCAGCGUGCGGACUGGAAACGUCGACAUCGUGCAGAACACAAGCAACAAGAUUCGGAAGAAAAUCUUGCAGAUGACACCAAUUGCGCCUUUGUGUGAUUCUGUGAAUUGUCAGGGCUGAGCACCUGCACACUGUUCAGAGAGAGCCUACUAAUAAUUUUAUCACCAAAUUUAACAAGAAGCAUUGAAAAAUCAGAAAUGAUGAAUUUCUUACCAAAUUCAAAAAUUUAAAGUGGAAAACAAUAGUUCCUUGUUUAUAAGCCAGACCAAUGCACAAUUAAUUUACUGUUCUGAAAAUAUUUUUGCUGUACUUUUAUAAAUGUUCUGGAUACUCUAUUCACCAACUUAAGAUUCAUGUAAAUCAUUUGUAAUACGUAACUUAUCUGAUGACUAGUGAUGACAGUAGUGUUUCGUCAAUGGUAGUGAAGUUUAUAUUUUGUAUAAUAAUUAUUUUAAUGAUACAAUUGUGUGGCUCUUAGUGGUAACAAAAAUAAUGAUAGGUUCUUUGAGGUGUCUUUUCUAAACUGUCUUAGAUAAGAUCAGUAUAUUAUAUGAGGAACACGAUAUCCAAGUAAUUUUGUUUUAUAGCACAGUAUCAUAGCAGUUUUGCAUGCUACUGGAUGAUUUUAGAAGAAACAGGUUUACAAUCUAGUAUUCUUUAAAAACAGUGUAUUUAUGUCUUUUGAAGAAAUUUUUGAACAGUGGUUAAAACAGACUGGUACAAUGAUUUUGCUACAAAAAUAUAUUGCUGGUAUAUCUAUGUAUUUUAGCUGAAAACAUCAGCUCUUCUCUUUGAUAAUGUUUUGGAAAUACUAUUUAUCUUGUCUGUGAUAAAAAAAAAAAUAGUUCCAAUUAUUAAUGUAAUGUUAUGAUUGGCCAUAAUCUUUGUAAAAAUUAUUGUAAUGAGCAGAACACAAGAUACAUUCCAGUUCAGAUAGCAUGUAUAAAAUUAUUUUUGUUGAAGUGUUUUUGAAAUAUAACUUUACUUAAUAAUAAUAAUAAUAAUAAUGUAUUAUAUGUAUCUUGCAAAUUUUGAAUUUUUAUUUUUUAAUAAUUUCUAUAGGAGUGUUGUUUCAUGGAAUGCAGUUUUUUAUACCUAAUAGAUGGGUGUAUAUUCUGUUUUGAAGUUCCCUAACAUUCUCUGCAAUUUUUUACAAUCUACAAGAAAUGACAAGCAAUAUGACUAAGCACAGCAAAUAUUGUUUUAGUGUUUGUGUUUUCAUUCCUCUCUACCCUGAAGACUAAAUGUCAAUCCUACGAGCUCAGUAACUUACAAGAAAUUAUUAUAUGCCAAAUCAUUUUAUAAUUUAAUAGUAAUUUUCACUAUAAGCAGCCAAACAAUGUAAAAUAUUGGGCAACACUCAGAAAAGAAAAUCCUACAUCCCAAGCGAUUUGAAAUAAUUUAUACUUGACAGUGUCAGCAUUAGAAAUUAAAGGUCAUUAGGCAUUCCUGAAAAGCUUUCUUUAAAUUAUGAAUUUAAAUAUCGUGCAUUGUGCCAGCACAACCAACAUAAAAAGCUCUGUAUAUGCUUUAUUCGAAACCGAGUAAAAAUUGAAAACACCUUCCAGAAGCCGCUUUUUCUCCUUCUCUCGACCAGUCUUCACUCAAAGAGUAUGGACCAUGGACUC